AUGUUUAUCAGAACAACUUUUCUCCUCUACUUUGUGGUCUCACUCUCAAAACUUGUCCGUUGCAUGGAAAGUGAACUUUGCUUUCCUAUUAGAUUGGAUAACCACAACCAAGACAGGAGGGAUUUUGACAACGACGCGGAUAUCCUUAUUAAUGGAAAAUGUGUCCUAAAAAUACGAGCUUUCCAGCAGGAAUUAGAGAUCGAUUUACACCAGGACUCGAACUUCAUUGCCCCUUCCAUUUCUAACCGUGGCGCAUUUUGGCUCUCCAACACCGAUGUCACCACUGACCUGAGCCGGUGUUUUUACUCCGGAUAUGUGAAUACUGACCCACUUUCGUAUGCUGCUUUGAGCCUCUGUAAGGGUUUACAAGGUGCAUUUGGCUUCCAAGGCUGGGAAUAUUUUAUCAGACCGGUGCAAAAUGACACCACAAGCGCAGAAGGUGCGCACAUCAUCCGGCGCAGAAUCAGCAACAACCUGAAGCUCAAUUCAACCUCUAGGUGCGCAGUGAACAGCGACAUAAGUCUACAGGUUACGCAAUCGUUGGAGAAAUACAAGCGACUAAUAGAUUACAACAAUGUGACCGAAACGAUGCUGAAGAGGAUGGGGAGAACCAAAAGGUUCGCUUCAAUCCCCAGGUACGUUGAGACGCUCGUGGUGGCAGACGAGUCCAUGGCGCAGUUCCAUGGAGAUGACCUAAAACACUACCUCUUGACACUGAUGUCAGUGGCAGCGAGGCUCUACAGACACCCCAGUAUUCUUAACUCUAUCAGCAUCGUAGUGGUGAAGAUCGUGAUUAUAUCCGAAGAGGACAAAGGACCCAAGGUGUCCGGGAACGCAGCCAUGACGCUGCGAAACUUUUGCACUUGGCAAAAAAAGAUGAACAAAAACAACGACAAGCAGCCAGACUACUGGGACACAGCAAUCCUUUUCACAAGACAGGACCUGUGUGGAGCCUCCACCUGUGACACUCUUGGGAUGGCGGAUGUGGGCACCAUGUGCGACCCCAAGAGGAGCUGCUCUGUGAUCGAAGACGACGGCCUACCUUCGGCCUUCACCACUGCUCACGAGCUUGGACACGUGUUCAACAUGCCACACGACAAUGUGAGGGCCUGUGAGGACGUGUUUGGGAAACUGCAAGACAACCACAUGAUGUCUCCCACUCUCAUUCAGAUCAACCGCACCAACCCCUGGUCCCCCUGCAGUGCUGCUAUCAUCACUGAAUUCUUGGACAGUGGGCACGGUGAAUGUUUGCUUGACCAGCCUCAGAAACCAUUGGUCCUCCCUGACGUGAUGCCGGGAACAUCUUACGUCCUCGACCGUCAGUGUGAGCUUGCGUUCGGAGAAGGCUCCAAGCCCUGUCCCUUUAUGCAACCACCAUGCGGCCGUCUGUGGUGCACAGGAAAAUCCAAUGGCCAUUUGGUGUGUAUGACUCGGCAUUUCCCCUGGGCAGAUGGCACCCACUGUGGGGACAAUCGGGUUUGCGACCGAGGGGUCUGCUCUGACAAACAUGUUCAAAAUGUGAAGGUGGACGGCCGCUGGGGGAAGUGGGGCCCGUUCGGUUCCUGCUCCCGUACAUGCGGAGGUGGUGUCCAGCUGUCUAAAAGAGAGUGUAACAACCCAGUUCCAUCAAAUGGGGGUAAAUACUGCCAAGGAGUUCGGGUCAAAUACCGCUCCUGUAACCUGAACCACUGCCCUGACACAGGUAAUACUUAUCGUGAGGAGCAGUGUGCGACCAGUGGCCGCAGUUUCAACAGUAACCGCAUCGACCCCUCUGUGGUGUGGGUACCCAAGUACUCUGGAGUGUCCACCGAUGACAGGUGUAAACUCAUCUGCAGGGCUAAUGGUACUGGCUACUUCUAUGUCCUGGCACCCAAGGUUGUGGAUGGGACUCCAUGUUCCCCAGACUCCACAGGAGUGUGUGUCCAGGGGAAGUGCAUUAAGGCUGGCUGUGAUGGAAAAAUUGGCUCCACCAAGAAGUUUGAUAAGUGUGGAAUCUGCGGAGGUGAUAGCAAGGGCUGCAAGAAGGUGUCGGGACUAUUCACAAAGCCUGAGCACGGCUACAACUUUGUGGUCAUGUUACCAGUGGGUGCAGCCAACAUUGACAUCCGUCAGCGAGGGUACAAGGGAAUGAGGAAUGAUGACAACUAUCUGGCAGUUAAAAACAGCAAGGGCCACUACCUGCUCAAUGGGAACUACGUAGUGUCAGCUGGAGAGAGGGACAUCAUUGUAAAGAGAAGCCUGCUGCGCUACAGCGGCACAGCCGGCCUUUCCGAGACCCUGCAGGCCGUGAAGCCCUUGGGAGAAUCCCUGACUGUUGAGGUGCUGUGUGCAGGCCAGAUGACGCCGCCUCGCAUCCGCUACUCCUUCUACCUCGCCCGUCAGACCAAGGAGGACAAGACUCUGAAGAAGGAGGGGCGUGUAAACUCCCAUAAUAGUGUCCUGGCUGAGGAUGGUGUCAAGGAGAAGAGGGGAGACGCCCUGAAGAACUCUUAUAGCAAGGAGGAUCCCGCUCUUGGGAAAUGGAUAUCCACAGGUUGGGACAAGUGCUCAGUGACCUGUGACAGUGGGAUCCAGAGGAGGAUGGUGCAGUGUCUGAGACCAGAUGGAAAGCCAGGGUUGGACUGUGAUCCUUCACAAAGACCCUCAGCCACCAGAGUUUGUGGAGACCCUUGUCCUGAGUGGCAUAUUGGGCAGUGGUCCCCUUGCUCCAGAACCUGUGGGAAGGGUUUCAAGAGACGACCUUUGCACUGCAAAACCCAAACUGGACAUCUGCUCCCAAGGGACCACUGCACUGGCUUACGCAAGCCACAGGAGCUGGACUUCUGUAACCUAAGGCCAUGCUAGUGACUAAAACCUAUAAACUACAAAUCAUUGUCAUGUUUUAAAUGGACUAAAUUGAAUCCACCUGCAAGUAUCACACACACUGUGGCUGUCAGGUGCAGAUUUUUCCACCUGUAUCAUGGGACACUUGCUUGGAAGAACAACAAAAAUAUUGGGAGGAAAGUAAAAGCUGCAGGAUAAAGGCUAGAAGAUUAUUUUUCACUGCUAUCACUCUGACUUGAAAAGACAUAUCUAGGUCUAACUCUGAUGGCAAAAUAUCAUGAUAGAAGGUCAGAUAAAAUGUAGUUGAAUCCCUUGUACUGUCAGCAGAUACAGAAUGUCCAUUUGCAAGCAAUCAAUCUAGUCUACCUUAUGAGUCUGGAAUCCAUUCCAUGUCAUAAUACUUUAACUGUUAAGGUUUCAAAGUUUUAGUUGAGGCUUGCAAAUACAUCAGUGAAGCCUUCUGGUUGUCCAAAACAUGACUCCAUUCAUUUAAAAAAAAGAAAAUAUAUAUAUAUACCAGGAUUACUUUUUACAAACUGGACUAAAACGCAAUGCCCAUGAUACUUCACACAGGAGGUGGACAAUCCAUUUUUGUCCACAAUCAAGAUUAAGUGAUCUUCAUCCGCCAUCUUUUAGAUGUUUUUUCAGGGAAUCUUUUAAAAUCUUGGAAUUGAAUCAGAAAUGAAACAGAUAACAUAAUUCACGUGAUUGUACAUAGGUGUCCUUGUUUUAAAAUACAGUACUUUCUGUGCUGCUGUUGCAUUGUUUAUAUAUAUUUUUUAAAUAUGUUGGUUAACAGCUAUAGCAAAUCAAGGUUGAUACAACAUUGGAUAGAUUUCUACAAUAACAACCACUGCAUUUGUUAACAUGUUCUACUCCUAAAACUUUUACAGAAACAAAGAAAGAAAAUGACGAUGCAGCCAGCAUUUCUUCUCCAAACCUAGGAAGCUGUAGACAUUGAUUUUCUGCAGACUUCACUCAGCACCAGUCAUGGCAACAGUUUAAACUAUUUAGAAUCUGAAGUCACACUGGUGGCUUUAAUGACAGUUCUGACUAAACAAAGCAGGGCAGGAGACAAUGGCCAGUGCUCCCUGUCAGCUGGUGUGGCCACCAGCUAAGGGAUUUCAUAAGGCUACACCCAACACUGCACUGCUCAUCUGAGAUAAGGGCUUAACCUGAUAUCACACACACACACACGCCGUGUUUAAUUCCUGCCACCUGUCAUUUCCUUUAUUAUUAAACUGCAACAAUUGUCUUCUCAGUUCACAGUGUUCAGCCAUGUUGAGUCAUGCCUGUCUGGCACAGUUACCACAGAUAAUUUAUUAUCAAUGAAAUGAUAAAGCAGAGAGGGGAAGAAACUGGCAAGCCCUCUGUUAUGCUGUUCAGAAUGUGUGUUUUCCUGGAUCUCCUUGUUCAUGGCCUCACAGCCCAAGCCAAGCUGAACACACACACUCACUGAAAUCCUGUAAUCCAUUAUAUUCUUGUUUUGUUUCUUAAAGGGGCCACACUGUCUAGUCCAACAUCCAACUAUGGGAUGGAUCCUGCAGUUGUUUGAUUAUUUUUUUUUGUUGUCUUUUUAUCAGCUUUUGCACUUUGUACAGCAAAAGAAACCUAUGACCUACAUGGGCUGUAUUGUAUACUAUGUAUAUAUUUAUUCAGCUCUGUGCAAAAAAUAAUGUAAAUACUUUUUAAAUCUUUUUUUAUACAGGCAUUUGUAAUUGUCUUUGACUACCGUAUAUUUAUUCCAAAAAUAAAGCCAUUUAUGUACAGUUA